AUGAGCACACCUGCGUCUACACCUGCCCCUGCGUCUACACCUGCGUCUACACCUGCACCUGCGUCUACACCUGCGUCUACACCUGCACCUGCGUCUACACCUGCUCCUGCGUCUACACCUACACCUGCCUCUACACCUGCACCUGUGUCUACACCUACAUCUAUACCCACACCUGUUUCUAUACUUACCUGCACCUGCGUCUACACCCGUGUCUACACCUGCAUCUGCACCUACACCUGCAUUUACACCUACACCUGUAUCUACACCUAUGCCUGUGUCCACAGCUGUGUCUACACCUGCACCUGCAUCUACACCUGCAUCCACACCUGCGUCUACACCUAUAUCUGUACCUACACCUGUGUCUACACCUGCAUCUACACCUGCGUCUACAGCUGCCCCUGCACCUACACCUGCGUCUACACCUGCCCCUACGUCUACACCUGCGUCUACACCUGCCCCUGCGUCUACACCUGCAUCAACACCUACACCUGCACCUACACCUGCGUCUACACCUGCCCCUACGUCUACACCUGCGUCUACACCUGCACCUGCGUCUACAUCUGCACCUGCGUCUACACCUGCCCCUACGUCUACAUCUGCACCUGCGUUUACACCUGCGUCUACACCUGCACCUGCGUCUACACCUGCAUCAACACCUGCCCCUGCGUCUACACCUGUGUCUAUAGUGACACCUGUGUCCACAGCUGUGUCUACACCUGCACCUGCACCUGCGUCCACACCUGCGUCUACACCUAUGGCUGUACCUACACCUGUGUCUACAGCUACAUCUACACCCACACCUGUUUCUAUACUUACCUACACCUGUGUCUACACCUGCAUCUGCACCUGCACCUGCACCUGCGUCCACACCUGCGUCUACACCUGUAUCUAUAA